GCCAAUAGGAACGCUUCCUGUAGACGCGCUCAACUUAAUUCAGGAAGUGCGCAUUUUAUGUUCAUGUCGUGUUCGUGUCAUGGUUUGUGUUGGCGCAUGGAUGCAUAAUAAGGCCUAAGUUCUUAAAAUACACCCAUGUGUUAGCGAGAGAAGAUAAGUUACUUGAUUAAUAAGGGACACAAUACAGCUGAAAAUGUCCGAGUCUGCGCUUGGGACAGGUGACAGUUUGCAUCAACAGGUUCUCGCCUCCUUCCCUCUGUGUGACAUUACAGAGGAGGAUCUGACCCAGAACCCUCAGUUCUGUAAACUCCUGGCCACCCUGGCACAACAUGUGGACCAAACUGGACUCACUGUCCCACUGAAAACAGAGCUGGACAAGGCUGAGCAGAAGCUGCAAAGCCAGAGGCGUCACUGGCUGCGCUCCGAGAGCCUCCGCGCGGGACUGCAGGAGAUGAUCCAGGACCACUGUAUCAGGAAGCACCAUGCCGCUGUACCACCUGACCAGAACAUGUUCUAUGAGACGAUGGAGAAGUGUCUGCUGGUGGCUCAGUGUAUCAGACAGCUGGAUCCCAGUAGCACUACCAACCAAGACCAGCCCUCUAUUCUGGGUCUGAACUCCCAGCAGGUGAUGGAGCUCAUGCCAUCAGAGAAGAACUUUCAAAGAAUGAAACAGGGUCUUCCCAGAGAGCUGGAGAAACAUCUGAAGAAGAAGUGUUUGAGCCUCCUGUCUUACUAUCAGCCUGAAUGGGAGAAUGAGAGUGAGGGUCUCAAGACCAGCAAGUUGUCUCAUCUGUCAGCCCAGCUGGACAAAGAGAAGAAAAGCGCAGAGAGUCUAAAGGCGACCUGCCGGGAAAACGCAGUUCUCAUUCAAAGACAGACUCAACUCUACCUCUCUGAGCUGAUUAAGUGUAUUCAGCUUCUCCAGUCUCUCAUCUUGGACCACAGACUGAGGAUCCAGACGGAUUUGGACCGGAAGAAGUUAGACUACUUUGAGGGAAAAUGUGAACUAGUAUUACAGAAGAUCAAGACAGAGAUGGUGGAGAUUCAGCUGGACACGUACACAGCGGACUCAAUAACUGCUCAUAGAAAAAUAAGAGAGAAGCUGGAGUCGGAGCUGAAAGCCUGUCAGGCGGAGAAGCAGUCUGUUGAGUUAAAACUGGCCUCCUUUGAGAUCUUGGGCAAAGAGUUCGAGGCCCUGGCUGAGGAGUACUGCAGAUUACGGCAGGAGAUAGAAAUGAAACGCUGGGCUCUGAAGGAGUUCGCCCAGUACAACGACAAGUGAAGGGCUUGUCUGAUGCUGGGACAGCAGCCAGCCAUUCCCUUUUCAUAGUGUGUGUGUGUGUGUGUGUGUGUGUGUGUGUGUGCGUGUGCGCGCUCACAGUGACAUGCUGGCUUUUGGACGCUUGACACAGAAACUGUGUGGACUUUUGGCCUACAGGAACUAUGUAGCAUGUACAUUAUUGAGUGGGCUCAAUUAGAGCUCCUCACUACUUAAGAAUGUUUUUUUUUUUUUUUUUUUAAAUGAACUUCAAAACAUUCAGCAUUUCUGCUUUCUUUGUUUCUACCUGAACCCAUUUAGAGUUCAAGGCUUGUUUAGUAUUCAUUACUCGUUUAAUAAAAUGCAGUUUUACACUAAGCUUUAACUAUCUUGCAUGUGACUACGUGGUCACUUUUUAUUGCUCAUUAUACUAGCUUAAGGAUGUACCUUUGCUCUAAAAUGUGCUUCCUAGUUGGCAGAGGCAGCAGUGACUUGUUCUAACUUCACCUGAAAUAAAAGUGUUACGGUAUAUCUUUGUAAAAGUUGAAAUCUUAUUUAACACCUUACCUCAAGUAUCAGUACACAGUAAAAUGUGCCAAAAGUUGGGUGAGCAUUCCUAUGUAUAUUGCGAUAUAAACUUGGGAGAAAAUAAACUAAAAUAAUGCAUUAUCA